UGCCAAUCAGCAAUGAGAUAACAACAUGCCACUGGGUUGGUCCAUAUGUUGACCUUUGCCCUGAUGCCGACGUGUUCAUUUCACAUACAGAAAGAAGAGAAGACGACAUCGCUGCAUUUCCUUCUCACUAGCAGGAUGUGGACAAUCAGAAGAUGUCUGCUGCUGGCAGCCCUGGUGCUGCUGGUAUCCCAUGAUGCCAUGCUCGCACCAGUAGACCCCAAGAAGCAGAAGGCAGAGGAACAAGAGGCAGAAACAAAUAAGCAGGAAGAAUCCCAAGACACAGGGCUCCAUUAUGACAGCUACCUUCAGGAAGUGGUCAGAGUACUAGAAACUGACCCAGAGUUCAAGAAAAAGCUUCAGGAGGCAGACAUUGAAGACAUCAAGUCUGGAAAACUGUCUGCUGAGCUGAACCUGGUGGCCCACAACGUGAGGUCCCAGCUGGACGAACUGAAGAGAACAGAGGUGACCAGGCUGAGGAAACUGCAGCGGGUGCUCAUGGACAUGCAGAAUGGCAGAAAUGGCCUGCACAAAGGUGACUUGAGGGAUGUGAGGAAAAUGUACGAGGAGUUUAACCAUGUGGACCACAGCAACCCACGAUCCUUCGAAGAGGAGGAUCUAAACAAGCUCAUCCAGGCAGUUGUGAAUGACUUGGAGAACUACGACCAGAAGAGGCACCUGGAGUUCAAGCGGUACGAGAUGGUGAAGGAACACCAGCGCCGGGAGAAGCUGAACCAGCUGGGGGAGGAGGAGAGGAAGAAGGAACAAGAACGGUACGAGGAGAUGCAGCGCAAACACAAGGACCAUCCCAAGAUGAACCACCCGGGCAGCAAAGAUCAGCUAGAGGAGGUUUGGGAGGGUGAUGGCCUUGCUAAGGAAGACUUCAACCCCAAGGUAUUCUUUGGGAUGCAUGAUACAAACAGUGAUGGCUACCUUGAUACAUUGGAGUUGGAGGCACUCUUUGGAAAGGAGCUGGAAAAGGUUUACAAGGAAGGUAACGAGGAAGAUGACUUACGUGAGAUGGAAGAGGAGAGGGCUCGCAUGAGGAAACAUGUCUUAAACGAGGUGGACACCGACAAAGACUCCAGGGUGAGCUUCACUGAAUUUAUAGAUGCCACCAAACGGAAGGAGUUCGAGCAGCCAGAAGAGGACACUUUUGAGCCCCUGGAUGACACUGACUUCUUCACAGAAGAGGAGCUGGAGGAGUUUGAGCAGCAGCUAGCGAAGGAAGCCAACGAGCUGCGCCAAAAGGAGGUAGAGCUGGCUCGUCAGCGCGCUGAGCACCAGCAGAAACGACAGCAACUUCAGCAGGUCAAAAUGAAACAAAAACAGGUGGUUCAGAUGAGUCAGGACCAGGAUCGACAGCAGCCGGCCGAGGCUGAGGCUCCCCAGGAGUCUGACCAGGCUGCAGCCGGACAGGAAGCAGUGCCGGCGGAGGCCGCGGAACACGCAGCGGAUGGGGAGGGGGGCCAGCCCGCAGAAGUGCAUGAGCCUGAGGUAGCUGUAGUAGCAGAUCAAGAUGCCAUAGCUGUAGGUGGGAACCUACCACCUGAGGGACAGAAUGGGGAGGAACAGGCACAGCAACAACAGGAGGCACAACAACCCACAACAUAGGUCAUGACCUCACAUCAGAUUAGUACUUGGAUGGGUGCAAAAUAUCAUUUUUCAUCAACAAAAUAUUCUGUAGAUGAUUGGGAAUGGGCUUUGAGAGGACAACAUGCCUUGUGGGAUGCUUAAUAAUGGCAGUUUGGUGUUAGAGGUUUCGUAAAAUGUAAAAUUCUUCUCAUUUUUCUCCAAAUUUUGCAAAAUUUCUUCUGCUUAGGAAUUUUUUUUAAGCUGUCAAUAAGAAGGACAUUUUUUUAAUUGGUUGUCUUUUUUGAAACAGGCAAGUACCAUAAAUUGGCAAUUUAUUCAGUCUUGCGUACAAGAAUAUGAAAUGAUAUUGUACCACAGAAAAUCUGUAUUGUGCUACAAUGUAUGCUAGUAUUCUGACCAGAAGAAAAUUGUUGUCUUAACUUUCAGCCUGCUAAAGUAUCCUUUUGGCCACAAUUCUGUAUUGGUUACAGAGUUAAGCAGGUUAGUUUAGUGCAUUAAUAUGAAUAUUAGGUUUCUUACUUAGUUUUCAUUUUUACACAACCUUUCUUAUAGUUUCUACCUGUCUUUUUGUUAUUCAUAUUCUCUAUCCGAGUCAAACCACUGACAUUUAAUAUGUGAAUAAGCCAUUUGAUGUCAAGGAAGAAUAUAAUGUAACAAAUCGCUGCAGUUGGAUGGGUCAGGUGGAGCGUUUGAAAUAUGGCUGAAAUAAUGUGACAAAUGAAUUAUACAGUAUAAAAAGUACCGCCACAAAAUAUACCAGAUGCUGUAAUAGAGCACUACAUGCAUGCAUGUGUAUGUGUUUAAUGUGUAAGAGGGUCUGUUUUUGUUGUUUAUUCGAUUUAUUGAAUGUGCAAUUGCUAGUUUUCAACUGGCCAUUUCAGCAUUUUUGUUUAGGUGGUGAAAAGGGCAUGUCAAGUUUGAAUGACAAGAGUUACAUGCGUAUAUUAUAGAUUUAUUAAAGAUAUAUGUAAAAUUUAGUUGUUAGGGUGUCAAAAGGAUUGUUUUCACAAAGGUAAGUUAUAUCUUAGGAUAUUUCUUACUUGCCACAUGUGUAUGUUACUGUGGAUAAAGGUGUCUGGGACAUCAUGGUGAACUUUCUCCUACCUGUGUAUCAACCUCAUUGUUAAACUGUUUUUCCUGCGAUUGCCAAAACAGAUCAUCAAUGUUUGGAUUACUUUGAUUACUCGAGUGUUAAUCAGUCUGCUUUGGUAGUAUGCGACAGUGGCAUGUUAUAUUCAAUAUAAUAUUAGUGAAGAAGGUAUUAGCCAGACUGUCAUUGCGGUGUAGGAAAAAGGUGUCAAAGAUUGUUGAGUCAAGGAAAAAGACAUACGUUUAUGUUGGUCAGUGUCAUGAUCUGAAUUCUUCCAAGUACAUGUACCAAUGCAUGUUGUAUUGCAAUAAACCAAACCAAUGAAUUACUAACUCUAUUUGCUACCCCAGCUGUUGAUAUUAAACCUAUGGAUACAUGUACAUUUGUACAUGUAGUUUGGAUGAAAAUUGGUAACCAUCAAUUUACAGUUCAGUCAAACCUGUAAUGUAACUAGUAACCAUCUCUGGAAAAAUACCACUUGGCCAUGCAAUGUGACUACUUUUUGAUGGUCUUUUGGAUUAUCAUCCCACUUCAUGCUGUAGUGGGUGCCUACAUACUAUAAGUUUUCUUCAAGUCCCCUGAGUGCUCACUAGAGCCUGAUUGGAUUGUUCCAAGAAAGUAUAACUCAUAAUAACUGUCACUGAAGACUGAAAACACACCAGUGUUCCUCCAUAUGUAACCCCUCCCCUAAACAUGAAUCUGUAGUAUAGUAUUGACAUAAAGUGAAAUUACACGUACGUUGAUAAUUUCAACUCCUGUAACAAACCUUGUGAAAUUGAGAUGUAUUAAAAGAUUUGCCCAAGACACACUAUUGUAACAAUGGAGAAGAAUCACUUGCAGAUGUGUUAUCAUUAUGAUGUUAUAUCAGUAGUGUUGUACAUGUUUAUAUUGCAAAAUAUUAUGUGUAAUGAUUGGUCUUGUAUCGGCCACUGUGCAUCUGUAUUUGUAGGGGUAGUGUUCUUUCUUCUUCAGUGCCAAGGCUGUAUGCACUGUACUGCUGCACCCAAGGGAGUUACAUGGAAUAAAUGACGGACAGUAGUGAAAA